AGUCGAGUGUCGAACGUUCAACAAGAAAUACUAUUUACACAUCAUACGAAGAGAUGUCCUCUCUUAGUGAUUAAGAUCGAUUAAGACCGUUACUAGCUACCUAAGAAGGUACUACCUAUCGAGAAAUGAGGGCCGCCUAUUGGUUGUUGUUCCUCGUUAUUCUUUCUAUUCAAAAUUCCUUUCAACGGGUCGAUAAAAGGAUUAUCGAUUCGGAGAAAAAAUCAGAAAUAUCCUUGAAAAAUGACGAAUUCGCGUAUUCGAAGAAAGAUUGGAACAUGAAGAAGUUACAACAAUUGUUGAAACAGGCGACGAAUUCUUCCUCGAACGCGAUCAGCCAAGUGACUGCCACGAGUCAAGGUCCCUGUACAUGCGGAGGAGGUGUUUGCGCUUGUUGCUCUAGAAUUUUACUCGACACUUGGAAACAAAAGGCGUGUGUGGAUGUGACAUACGAUCCGGAUGAAUUUAGCUUCACGGCAAAAAUUUCUAUGAAUGACAAUGUUUUGUAUUCGAGAACCGUAUCUUGGAAGAAUCCUCGGCCAAUAUGUGUACCAGUGCCACGAUUUCAAUUUAUCAAAGCAUGCGUCCGUUUUUAUAACAUUUAUUUCCAAGGUAGGAAUAUUCAUACGUGCGUGAACAUGGAGGGGAAAUUUAGAGAUACCACGAUAUUUAAGGUCGGGUUAGAUUGCAUUAGAUUCGGUGCAAACGGCUUGGCACUGGUAAAGCCAGAGGAUGGAGGUGGAUUAGGUCAAAUAGAAUUCUUGCCAGGUGACGAUGAUGAGGAUGAGGACGAUUAUGAUUACGACGAUGACGACGACGACGACGACGACGAUUUACUUGAUUUUUGAGGAAACCUAAGAUUCUGUUCGUGACGAGCGCGAAGGACUUUAUAGUACAAUUACAUAUUUCUACUGAUAUUGCGUGAUGACGAAUAUUAUUUAUUGUAUUUUAGUCUUAUAGAUAACAAUUUAAUACGACGUUUUGAUUAAGUAAUACGUAAGAGAUUUUUAUUGCAGUCAAGUUUUUCAAUAUAAUUUUACAUCGUAUUCAAAAUAUCCUACUAAACUAUUGAAAAUAAUGAUAUUGUGUUAUUAGGAAAAAUAGGCAAAUAAAGAGAUAUAUUCAAAAG